AUGAAGAUCACAAUAAAAACUUUGCAACAUAAACAAUUUCAUUUAGAAGCUGAGCCUGAGGAUACCAUCCUUACGCUGAAGCAGAAAAUUGAAGAAAGUCAAGGACAUGCAGUUGCACUCCAAAAGCUUAUUUUUUCAGGAAAGGUUUUGGUCGAUGAUAAACCAUUAUCUUCAUAUAAUAUUACGGAAAAGGACUUUUUGGUAGUUAUGGUUUCGAAGCCGCCAGCAAAACCAAACGUACCUUCGACAUCAAGCAGUGGAUCAACCUCUACUACUAAUCAACCACCAAGCACAACCGUAAGUGUUCCACCUCCUACGCCGAUACAACCACCCGUUGCCCCAAUAACUACAACACCUGCACAAGAAUCAGAACCAGCCCCGACAUCAAAUAAUGCCGGAAAUACAGCUACUACCAAUCCACAACCAAUACAAGCACAUUUUGGCAACGAGAGCGCUCUAGUGACCGGCACUGAUUAUACAAAUGCUAUUCAAAGUAUUAUGGAGAUGGGAUUCGAACGUGAACAAGUUGUGAAAGCUAUGCGCGCGAGUUUUAAUAAUCCUGAUAGAGCUGUUGAUUAUCUCAUGAAUGGUAUCCCUGAGUCUGUAGAACAAAUACCUGUUACCUCUGACCUAACGGGAAAUCAGCCUGCUCCAUCCACAACUGGAAAUACUGGUACAGCAACACCAGAGAUUGCCCUUUUAAGAAGCCAGCCUCAAUUUCAACAAUUGCGUCAACUUGUACAACAAAAUCCAGCAUCUUUACCUCAUUUGCUCCAACUAAUCGGACAAACUAAUCCUCAAUUGUUACAGUAUAUCAAUGCCAAUCAACCUGCAUUCACUCGUCUUUUGCAGGAGGAUGAACCCGGAGAGGGUAAUCUGCCACCCCCUCAUUAUGUUUCAAUUACACAAGAUGAGAAGGAUGCUAUUGAUAGGCUGGAAGCACUCGGAUUUGACAGAGCCAGGGCGAUCGAAGCCUUUCUUGCUUGUGAUCGAAAUGAAGACUUGGCAGCCAAUUAUCUUUUCGAUCAUAUGCAUGAAGAUGAGAACUAA